AUGCCCGUCGGCGAGCCGUUCAAAUUACCCAGCUGCGAUGCUGAAUCCUCAACGUCAGCCCGGUGUUGGGCUCAACGUCGAAUCGUCGAAGCGAGGAAAGUAGUGUGUGAGGUGUCACCAGCUCUCUCAACUGUCACGGGAAUUGGUCAACAGGCCUUCAAUUUCUCGAGGCUGCAGCCCACCUGCUCUUACUGGCCCAACCACAACAUCCUCUUAUUCCGACCACACAUAGAGGAAGACAAUCGAUCACGUAUACGGAAAACACUUGCCUUCCCAACGAUGUCGACAUCCGCCAAGAGGAAUGGAGCAGCCGGAGACGAACGGGCCAAACGAGCUCGAGUCGAGACGGCCUCAACAGUCCCAUCGGGAUCCAUGGAUCGUGUCGAGACCUCACAGGAUACCGAUGAAGACGAAGAAGACGAAAAUCUGGAUGCUGCUUUCAUAUCUGCUGGAGAAUCUGAGGAUGAACUAUCGAGACCCAAGAGAAGAGGAAACGCGAAUCCAGUCGAGCCUCAGACGAUGACAGCUAAUUUCGAUCAAAACAUCUCCACAGAGCAAAACAUGAACUCGGAUGCACAGGGAGACUUUAUUGCAACCGACUUCCCUGCAGGAUGUGACUACCGAUACCUGAGCCUCAAGGCCGAUCACACAUCUCGACCACUCUAUAUCUCCCCAAAUAUGGCCACACGGACGAUCAUCUUAGAAGCCUUUCAUCCUCUAGCCUCCCAAGCUCAAGACUUCCUCAUCACCAUAGCCGAGCCCGUCUCUCGUCCCUCUCAUAUUCAUGAAUAUAAACUCACCAAACACUCUUUACAAGCUGCUAUCUCAGUAGGACUUCAGACUGAAGAUAUCAUCGAUGUCCUCAAUCGUCUCAGCAAAGUUCGUGUCUCAGCACAGCUUGCCGAGUUUAUUCGUGAAUCAACAGCAAGUUAUGGAAAAGUGAAAUUGGUACUCAAGAAGAAUAGCUAUCAUGUUGAAAGUUCAGAUCCAGAAGUCCUCAGACGAUUGUUGCGUGACAGCAUCAUCAGUCAAGCCAGACUAACUACUGAGGAGAGCACAACCGCAACCACCGGAAAAGAAGGCGCUAUGGUCACCUUUGGAUUUAAUCAAGACUCGGCCCCCAAAAAGGGAGAUUUAGUUAUCCCUGGCACGAAAACUAUCAACAACAAUACUGAAGGAGGAACUGAUACAGCAGCAGAAAAACCUAAGAAUGCAGAUGAUGAUCUGUUUGGUGCGAUAAUUGGGGUUGAUAAUGUCGAUGAAAACGACGAUGACGAUGCUGUGCAUUCCUUCGAGGUCCAGGGGGCUGAAAUAGAAAAUGUCAAGCGACGCUGUGCUGAACUAGAUUAUCCAAUGUUGGAAGAGUACGAUUUCCGCAAUGACACCGUUAAUCCUACUCUAGAAAUCGACUUGAAACCUGCGACUCAGAUCAGGCCUUAUCAGGAAAAGAGUUUGAGUAAAAUGUUUGGUAAUGGGCGUGCGCGAUCUGGAAUCAUCGUACUUCCUUGUGGAGCUGGAAAAACUUUGGUCGGAAUUACUGCAGCCUCUACCAUUCGCAAAUCGGUAUUAUGUCUGUGUACAUCAGGAGUCUCAGUUAUGCAAUGGCGACAACAAUUCUUAAUGUGGAGUAACAUUCAAGACCGUCAAAUCUCAGUCUUCACCGCCGAUCAAAAGGAGAAGUUUGCCGGAGCGUCGGGGAUAGUAGUCUCGACAUAUUCGAUGGUUGCAAACCGGACUAAAAGAUCACAUGAUUCACAGAAGAUGAUGGAUUUCUUGACCUCGAGAGAAUGGGGCUUAAUCCUUUUAGAUGAAGUCCAUGUAGUCCCGGCAGCGAUGUUCAGAAGGGUGGUCGGAACGAUCAAAGCACAUGCCAAAUUAGGAUUGACUGCAACGUUGGUCAGAGAAGAUGAUAAGAUUGACGACCUCAACUUCUUAAUUGGACCCAAGCUAUACGAAGCCAAUUGGAUGGAUUUGGCUGCAAAAGGACACAUCGCUAAUGUUCAAUGUGCGGAAGUUUGGUGCCCCAUGACACCAGAGUUCUACCGAGAAUAUUUGCGAGAGAAAUCACGAAAAAAGAACUUACUUUAUUGCAUGAAUCCGCAAAAGUUUCAAGCUUGUCAGUUUUUGAUCAAGUACCAUGAAGACAGAGGCGAUAAAAUCAUCGUAUUCUCAGACAAUGUGUAUGCAUUAGAGGCAUAUGCAAAAAAAUUGCGAAAACUUUAUAUUCAUGGUGGGACACCUCAAGUCGAACGAAUGCGAAUCUUACAAAACUUUCAACACAAUCCGCUUGUGAAUACGAUCUUUCUAUCUAAAGUUGGUGACACCUCGAUCGAUUUGCCAGAGGCUACUUGCCUCAUUCAAAUCUCUUCACACUUUGGGUCUCGUCGACAAGAAGCCCAAAGAUUAGGUCGUAUUUUACGUGCGAAAAGGAGGAACGAUGAAGGGUUCAAUGCCUUUUUCUAUUCCCUGGUAUCUAGAGACACCCAGGAAUUCUAUUUUAGUACGAAACGACAACAAUUUCUGAUCGAUCAGGGAUAUGCAUUCAAAGUGAUCAGUCAUCUUCAAGGCCUCGAAAACCUACCCGACCUAGUUUAUUCGAGCAAAGAAGAACAGAUCGAAUUGUUACAAUCAGUCUUGUUGGCCAAUGAAAGUGAUGCUGAGAUUGGGACGGAUGUCAAGAACUUUGGCGAUGAUUUGCGCGGUCCUAAUGAUCGACAGGGGAACAAGAGGAUCGGCAUGGCUGGUGCUGGUGUUAAACGAAUUGUCGGUAACUUGAGUGCGCUUAGUGGUGGACAAUCAAUGAGUUAUAUUGAAAGAAAUAAAUCGGCUAACAAGCAAUUGGCUAAGGAGCAAGCCAAAUCUCGCAACCGAAUAUUCUCUAAACGAGAUGAACAAGCAAAGAAGAAACGUAAAGAAAGAGAGCAACAAGCCAGUGGUUCCUAG